CACGGCGUCGCGUCCGCGUCUCUGUGCGCGUUGGUGAAGCGGCGCGGGUGGGACACCGCCCCUUUUCCCAAGAUGGCGGAGUACGACUUGACCACCCGGAUCGCGCACUUCUUGGACCGGCACUUGGUCUUCCCGCUGCUCGAGUUCCUGUCCGUCAAGGAGAUAUACAAUGAAAAAGAAUUACUUCAAGGAAAAUUGGAGCUUCUUAGUGAUACCAACAUGGUGGAUUUCGCUAUGGAUGUGUACAAAAACCUUUAUUCAGAUGAGAUUCCUCAUGCUUUGCGUGAAAAGAGGACUGCUGUUGUUGCACAGCUGAAACAGCUUCAGUUAGAAACUGAGCCAAUUGUCAAGAUGUUUGAAGACCCAGAAACUACAAGACAAAUGCAAUCUACUAGAGAUGGUCGAAUGCUCUUUGAUUAUCUAGCUGACAAGCAUGGUUUUAGACAGGAGUACCUAGACACACUCUACAGGUAUGCAAAGUUCCAGUAUGAAUGUGGCAACUAUUCAGGAGCUGCAGAAUAUCUCUACUUUUUUAGGGUUUUGGUUCCAUCAACAGAUAGAAAUGCUUUGAGCUCACUCUGGGGAAAACUGGCAUCUGAAAUUUUAAUGCAGAACUGGGAUGCAGCCAUGGAAGAUCUUACAAGAUUGAAAGAGACUGUAGAUAAUAAUUCAGUCAGCUCCCCACUCCAGUCUCUUCAGCAGAGAACAUGGCUCAUCCACUGGUCUUUGUUCGUGUUCUUCAACCACCCAAAAGGCAGAGACAACAUUAUUGAUCUCUUUCUCUAUCAACCACAUUUGUUAUGCAUAGAAAUUUUGUAUCCAUAUUUCUUAUUCAAACCAAAUAAAGAUUGGUUGAAGCAAAAUACAUUAGUAGAACAUAUUUUGAUGUUACCAAACCAAAACGAAUCCUACACAUACAAGGACCCCAUUACAGAAUUUGUAGAAUGUUUGUAUGUUAAUUUUGACUUCGAUGGUGCCCAGAAAAAACUGAGAGAGUGUGAAGCGGUGCUUGUGAAUGACUUUUUCUUGGUGGCGUGUCUUGAAGAUUUCAUUGAGAAUGCUCGUCUUUUUAUAUUUGAGACUUUCUGUCGUAUUCAUCAAUGUAUCAGCAUUAGUAUGCUGGCAGAUAAACUAAAUAUGACCCCUGAAGAAGCUGAACGAUGGAUUGUCAAUCUAAUUCGAAAUGCAAGACUGGAUGCCAAGUUAGAUUCAAAAUUGGGCCAUGUAGUUAUGGGUAACAAUGCGGUCUCACCCUACCAACAAGUGAUAGAAAAGACCAAAAGCCUGUCUUUCCGGAGUCAGAUGCUAGCUAUGAACACUGAGAAAAAAUUGAACCAGAGCAGUAGGGCUGAGGCACCUAACUGGGCUACUCAAGACUCCGGCUUCUACUGAAACAGUUCUGAGGGGGGGAAUAUCAAAUUUUCAUUUGAGAGGAGAAGAUAAAUAUAUUAUGUACCUUUUCUCAAAGAGCUAAUUCUGGGAAUUUGCAAUACAUAAUGAGUUGAAUAAAAUUGGGUACUUUUAACUGUC